CCCGCCGCCCAGAGCCAGCGCCGCCCCGCUCCGCGCGCGGCCCCCGCCCCCGCCGGCCAUGGAUCUGACCAGCAGCGCGGGCGGCGGCGACCCCCGGCAGAUCGAGGAGACCAAGCCGCUGCUGGGGGGCGACGUGUCGGCCCCCGAGGGCACGAAGAUGGGCGCCGUGCCCUGCCGCCGGGCCCUGCUGCUCUGCAACGGGAUGAGGUACAAACUGCUGCAGGAGGGCGACAUCCAGGUCUGUGUCAUCCGGCACCCGCGGACCUUUCUCAGCAAGAUCCUCACCUCGAAAUUCCUGAGGCGCUGGGAGCCGCACCACCUAACGCUGGCCGACAACAGCCUGGCGUCCGCCACGCCAACUGGGUACAUGGAAAACUCAGUGUCCUACAGCGCCAUCGAAGACGUUCAGCUGCUGUCCUGGGAGAAUGCCCCGAAGUACUGUUUACAGCUCACAAUCCCCGGGGGGACCGUCCUGCUGCAGGCUGCCAACAGCUACCUGCGAGACCAGUGGUUCCAUUCUCUGCAGUGGAAGAAAAAGAUUUACAAAUACAAGAAAGUCCUGAGUAACCCAAGCCGCUGGGAAGUUGUCUUGAAGGAGAUUCGGACGCUGGUGGACAUGGCCCUCACAUCCCCCCUGCAGGAUGACUCCAUCAACCAAGCCCCACUGGAAAUUGUCUCAAAACUGCUCUCAGAAAACACAAACUUGACCACCCAGGAGCAUGAGAACAUCAUUGUGGCCAUCGCUCCUCUGCUGGAAAACAACCAUCCCCCUCCAGACCUCUGUGAAUUCUUUUGCAAGCACUGCAGAGAGCGGCCCCGGUCCAUGGUGGUCAUCGAGGUGUUCACCCCCGUGGUCCAGAGAAUCCUCAAGCAUAACAUGGACUUUGGGAAGUGCCCGCGACUGAGGCUCUUUACUCAGGAGUACAUCCUCGCCUUGAACGAACUCAACGCGGGGAUGGAAGUGGUGAAGAAGUUUAUUCAGAGCAUGCACGGCCCCACAGGGCACUGUCCCCACCCCCGGGUCCUGCCCAACCUGGUGGCUGUGUGCCUGGCUGCCAUCUACUCCUGCUACGAAGAAUUCAUCAACAGCCGCGACAACUCCCCCAGCCUGAAGGAGAUCCGGAACGGCUGUCAGCAGCCCUGCGACCGGAAGCCCACCUUACCUCUGCGCCUUCUGCACCCCAGCCCGGACCUGGUGUCUCAGGAAGCCACGCUGUCCGAGGCGCGGCUCAAGUCGGUGGUCGUGGCCUCCAGUGAGAUCCACGUGGAGGUGGAACGCACCAGCACUGCCAAGCCAGCCCUGACGGCCAGCGCGGGCAAUGACAGCGAGCCCAACCUCAUCGACUGCCUCAUGGUCAGCCCUGCCUGCAGCACCAUGAGCAUCGAGCUGGGCCCCCAGGCUGACCGCACGCUUGGCUGCUACGUGGAGAUCCUCAAGCUGCUGUCGGACUAUGAUGACUGGAGACCGUCUCUGGCCAGCUUGCUUCAACCCAUUCCAUUCCCCAAAGAAGCGCUUGCGCACGAGAAGUUCACCAAGGAGCUGAAGUAUGUGAUUCAGAGGUUUGCGGAAGACCCGCGGCAAGAGGUGCAUUCCUGCCUGCUCAGCGUGCGGGCUGGCAAGGACGGCUGGUUUCAGCUCUACAGCCCCGGAGGGGUGGCCUGUGACGAUGAUGGGGAGCUGUUUGCCAGCAUGGUGCACAUCCUCAUGGGCUCCUGUUACAAGACCAAAAAGUUUCUGCUCUCCCUGGCGGAAAACAAGCUGGGCCCCUGCAUGCUCCUGGCGCUGAGGGGGAACCAGACCAUGGUGGAGAUCCUGUGCUUGAUGCUGGAGUACAACAUCAUCGACAACAACGACACGCAGCUGCAGAUCAUCUCCACGCUGGAGAGCACGGAYGUGGGCAAGCGCAUGUACGAGCAGCUGUGCGACCGGCAGCGGGAGCUGAAGGAGCUGCAAAGGAAAGGCGGGCCCACCAGACUGACGCUGCCCUCCAAGUCCACGGACGCUGACCUGGCUCGCUUGCUGAGCUCGGGCUCCUUUGGAAACCUGGAGAACCUCAGUUUGGCCUUCACCAACGUAACCAGUGCCUGCGCUGAGCACCUCAUCAAACUGCCUUCUCUCAAGCAGCUGAACCUGUGGUCCACUCAGUUUGGAGACGCCGGCCUGCGGCUCCUGUCGGAACACCUCACCAUGCUCCAGGUGCUGAACCUGUGCGAGACCCCGGUCACCGACGCCGGCCUGCUGGCCCUCAGCUCCAUGAAGAGUCUCUGCAGUUUGAACAUGAACAGCACCAAGCUCUCGGCCGACACCUACGAGGACCUGAAGGCCAAGCUUCCUAAUCUGAAGGAGGUGGACGUCCGCUACACAGAAGCCUGGUGAAGCUCGGCGGUGGCAGGGACGUUGCAGCAGCGACUCUUGACUAAUAGCCUAGGGCAGCAGGUCCUGGGUCCCACCCGCUGUGGGUGGAGGGGGAGCCUGGGGCGGGGGAGGGGUCCACAGCACGCCCGCCCCGCCUCAUUCUUUUAGCUUCAUAAUCGGAACCUUGACCUGAUCUAAAGCGGACUUUGUGGCAACAAGAGGAGCUUCAGCGGGGCAGGAAGGGGCGGCCAGGGGCCCUUGGUGGAUUUUCUUUGCCUCUGUGUUUAAUGCCGUGUGGGAAUGUCACUGUCAACUGGGACGCUGCCAUCUCGCCAGCCCAGGAGCUUUCCUCCUGGAGGCCCGAGCUGAGUGGGAUCCGCCCCUGCCGUCAGACGAGAAGACCAGUCACGUCAUCCCACCAUCCUGUGUCCUCACCAUUGCUAUGCAAAGUGGUUCUUGUUGUACAUAAGAUUUAAAUAAUGCACCUAUUUAAGAAAUGUUGACAAAUUGCGGGUCUGGGACCUGCUCUUAUUUAUGAAGUCUGACCCCUCCCCACCCCCUGGCGUGUAGUACUGUACAACCAGUCAGCUGUUGGGUUAGUGGUAGUAUUGUUAUUUUUUUAAAGGAAACAGACAAAAAAAAAAGAAAAAAAAAAACAAAAGACAAAAAAAAGACCCUCCUUGGAAAAUUAAUUGCUUUUUCGUAAAGGAUUCUGUAUGCUAAUGCUCCCGUCUGUCUGUCUGCUCCCUGCCCACCCCUGCCUCUGUGUAUUCCUGAUUUCCAGACAUCUCCACUUCCCACGGGUAGGGGUCAGGCUCAGGGGAGGAGGAAGAAAUGGGGUCCCCGUAACCAAGUCUUGCUCCUCUAAGGCCCGAGUUCUUUUCCUGGCCCCUGUCACAGAUUUGGAAGGGGCUCUAGCCCCCACCCUCCUUGGUAGAAGAGCUGCUCCCACCCACAGCUCCCAACCCCCUGCAGCCCUUGCUGUCCCUCCCUGUCCCCUACUGGACUUGCGACCUGUGGCCUCCCCAGCCAUCGUGUCCCUGCCCCCAUGGCCCUCACGCAUGCCCGCCUCUGCAUGGUCUCCUGGGAGAAGAGAGAUCCUUCGCCCCUGCCAGCCUGACUGCCCAGCCACCCCUAUCACCGUGACCACUGCAGCGAAGACGUUCCUGUCCCCACACCUGUUCUGAAGACAGACAACCUCCAUUCUUUUAUAACGGUUGGCUUUUUCUUAACAAGCCCUCACUGUACAGGACAGUCCCGUGAUGGUUUAUYUGGGGUCCCCCUCUCCCCCAGCUCCCUUUUCUGUUGGUUCAGCACAAAUACGUCCCCCCACCGGCACCUCAGACCUAACCCACAGUCGAUGUCAUUGUUUUAUAUCUAUUUAAUCUUACUCGAUGGAAACAUGCUUUGUCGUUUUAUACUUUGCUAGUAGACUUUUACCCCUACUAUGCCCUCAUUUUUUUAAAAAAGGAAAAAAAAAAGAAAUUGGGUUUCAGUCUUACUUCAUUUUCGUGCCAGGUUUUCCGGUGUGUGCGUGUGUGAGUGUGUUCUGUUUUGUGUUCCGUUUUCUGUUGUUGUUGUUUUCCGUUGUUUGGUUUGACUUUCUUACCCCGGUUCCGUACUUCACAGCACUCCGGUGCAGGAAGAAGCAGAAGCAAAAAAAAUUUUAAAAAAAGAAAAAAAAAAAAGAAGAAGAAGAAGAAGAAACAAGACAUGCCACCUCCCCCCGCACUGUCGCUUUUCCUGAUGGUUGCUACUCUGUCUCGUAGCUGUGUACAAAGAGAUGUGAAAUACUUCAGGCAAAAAUAAACUGUAAGUGACUCAUC